UUAUUAGGCGAUUCGAAACUAUUUCUAUUGAAUGUUUGUGAAGGUGAUACAGGCAACGAACAAAAAACAGCACUUGUACAGUUCUUUGAUUUUUUUUAUUACCGUGUAAUGUAAUGUAAUUAUCUGGCUUGCCCUUCAUUGCCGUGAAGCGUAAUUUUCUGUCUUGACUUCUAUAAACGAGAAGUGAAAUCAAAAUGUCGCGGAGGAAUGCAACAAUGGCGAAGCUCUACUGCCUGGAUAUCAUUUGCCUGCUGCUGCACGUCGGCUCAAACAUUCCAGGAGGCGUGACUGGAGUGGAAGGGACCCGGCAAUCAACACUGGACGGCCGAGUUACUGAAGUGCAUUCGAAUCCCUCGGGUGCGGCACUUGGCCACACUCGCGAGAUCGCAGGGCUUGCGGAUACCAAAUUCCAGCACCGAUAUUUCCUCCUAAACAAUCAGUCAAUAAAGAGUACUCAGCUCACGAUUGCUGACGACAGUUUCCUAUGCAAGGUUCGUAGAAUGAAAGUCAACCCUUUGCUUCGAAGAGAAGAAGAAAGAAGCCUGGGAACUCGAAAUGUGACGACUGGGAAUGGAUCGCGAGCAUUGAUCCGGCAAAGUCGGAUUAGGAGAGACGUGAAAGGGCUAAUGGAGUUCACCAUCUUCAAAGAAAAGGGCUCGGUCGCUCUUUCCGUCGACAGACAACAUGAACAAGACCGCUUUAGGAAAUUAAAUUCCUCAGUUCUUCAGCCGAGCAACCAAACAAAAUAUCAUGAGCACAGGCUGAAAAAAUCGCGCCAUAAAAGGAAACGCAGUCGCAAUCUGGGCCUUCAUACCCUUUUUGAUCACGUAUUCAUCGAAAAAAACGCAGAAAGCCUGAUAAAGGCCAUAAGCUCUCGGGAAAAUGAAGUCCAAGAAGAUAAAAUGAUAGAUAUUCCAGAUUUUGAUUGCGAGACAAAACUUUGCCAGCAUCCUGACAAUUCGUUGACAGGAAACUCUUUCAAGUCGAAGGAAAAAAUUCGAUUGCCUUCAGGAAUAGAGGAUGAGAUCCAUUAUCCGGUGCACUUUUCGAGCAAGACCCACAAGCAUCGAAAAGUUUAUCGAAACUUUACAAAAUCCUCAGCCCCUGAAACCGAAAUUCCGUACUACCACUACGGUGACUCUACGAUGAUCAAAAACAACUUUUUCCCUCACCCACAAGCAUCUUCAGACGUCAGCGGCGACUACAAAGACGUCACACACUACGAGCAGCAGUAUGACCGUCACAAACACCAGUCAGGAGUACGUGUCUUGGCAGUGGACGUUCCGCCGUACGUGAAUCGCGGUGACGACGCGGAGCUAGAGUGUCAUUACGACUUGGCGCACCUGCAGCUAUACUCCCUCAAGUGGUACCGAGACGACGACGAGUUCUUCAGGUUCAUGCCAUCCGAGGACCCCGCUCAGGUGGUGCUGCCAGUGCCGGGGGUGCAGGUCGAGAUGGCGAACAGCACAGGCGCCACUCUGCUGCUGAAGGCAGUAACGCGACAGACUGAAGGCCACUACAAGUGCGAGGUGCUGUCAGAUGCACCAGAGUACUACACUGCAGACCGUAGUGCACCUCUGCUGGUCGUAGAUGUCCCCGAUGAUGAGCCGGAGAUACUGGGCGCCCAGACGCGGUACCGCCUGGGCGACGUCGCGCGCCUCUUGUGCCGCUCGGCGAAAAGCAGACCAGCUUCAAGAAUAUCCUGGUACAUCAACGACUGGAAGGUCCUACCAGAGUUUUUGACGCAACUGCAGCCAGAAGUUGACGCAGAAGGGCUGGAGCAGACGAAGGUCUCUCUGCAGGUGGUAGUGGGGCCCGAACACUUCGUGAGGGGCCGCAUGGUGUUCCGCUGCACCGCCAGGAUACCCUCACUCUCCAGCAAGACGAGGGAACAUGUUGCUGAGGGUCAUCUCGAGUACAACAUGCCCGUGAUGCAAGCAAGGGACAGUGCGCCGAUCGCCUCGGGCGAGAUGGCAGGUCCUAAAACACACACAAAGACCAUGGCGGGCGCCCCUUUGUUGUGGCUGGUGCCGGCGCUGACUGCUCUGCAGAGGCCAUAACAGAGCUGCCACCACCGUCGAGAAUUGGACCAGCCAUGUUCAGUGUAGUGAACACUAGUGCAAUGUGUUCAGUGUAGUGAACACUUGUGCACUGUGUUCAGUGUAGCAUUUAAACAGUAUAUAUGUAUAAAAAAUUCAUUCAAACUCAGAAUUCCUCUUUAGGCUGCUUCUCUUUUGAUCACAGUUCAUGAAAUUUCAACUUUUCACAUAAGUACGUUAUUGUCUUUCGGUCGCAGUUUUAACAGAGCGUUGAUAAUGUAUUUUUGAAACGUAAAUGAAUCCUUAUACCUAAGAUGAAUUUGAUUGGGUGCAAAGUAAUUGGGAAUCUCUUCUGAGAGUCUCUAACUUUAAAAUAUGAAUUGUCUGAAAUUUGUCACCAGUUGAUCCCAAUACCUCAGGUUUAAAACUGGCGACGAUGAUAUUAAUUUUGUAAACUGGCGAUUCGUGAAUGUUGACAACAACUUUCCAAAAUCACUUGAGGCAUUAUUGUUAACAUAUCAUAUUCUCAGAACUCCUAUUCAAUUAUCUGUGAACAAAGGUCAAGGAGAGCGCAUAAACAACAUUAAAAAUUAUGUAACCCCGCAGAUCUACUGAUCAGCCCAGGCAUCGUCUGCCGUGGCAAUUUUGAGAAAAUGCUUCCCGUAAGAAUUGGGGCUACAUAUCUUCUUUCGCAAAUGCGCCACUGCUUCGAUUUUACGAUUUAAUAAAAACUCGAAGAAUUUUUUAUCCGGCAAAGAAUUAAUAGCUUCCUUUCAAAUUUGAAUAAGAAAUAUAUAUAGAAAUUUUGUGAUUUUUACAGAAAAGAUCAAUUAGAAACUGUUUCACAAAGCCUUUGAAGUAAUGGUUACUGUGAAACUAAAACUACCGAAUUUCUAGCAAUUCCGUAGGUAUUGGUCGCUUUGUGAAUUUAAAUAUCAUCUAAAAAAUUCAACGCAUACAUUGAUAAGACCUCGCGUUCAAAUUUCCUGUGUCGAAUUCUCCUCUUUGUGAACACCGAGACCUGUAACAAGAAAAAUAGGUGCUCUGAAAUCCAGAAUGCAUGUUUUCUUCGUCAAAAUGAAUAAUAAAUUCCUGAGGUCACAGUUUUCUUUGAGGAUGUCCUUGUGGAUCUUCGUGUUUUUAACCGUGAACUUCUUUGUUUGUCUUGACCGAAAAGAAUACAAAGAGCUUUUUGUCUGAGGUCAAAGCCUUAUCCGUUGGACAAAAAUAUAUUAUUUACGGAAAAGAAAAGGAAAAUUGUAUUUUUCUGCAAGCGCUGUUACCAAAAAUUGUAACAGUAUUUCGAUGCUGAGAAAUACUUGUUGGUGAAAUAGGGCAAAUAUUCGUGGCACAGGGAAAAAUAACGGAAUAAAAAAUAUUGAGGUUAAAAUUAGUCUCUACAAUGAACAUUACUUCAUAUAAUAUUUAGAAAGUAGUUUAAUAUGAUCUCUUUGUACAGAAUGUAAUUUUAGUAAUACAAAGGCCCACCUUGACGUGUUUUCCUUAUGCAAUGUUAAUAAAA